AUGAAGACUGUGGUGGCUCUGCUGUUGCUCUGUCUGUGUGAUCCUGGACAGAGUGACUGCCAGACAGACUGCCUGUCCUGCGGCAACAUCCUGCCCAAACAGCUCAGUUUCAACACCAUGGUGUGUCUCAUUGAGUGUGAAGGCAACAUUUCCCCAGCCUUCUCCUGGGACUUCUGCCGUAAGGCGUUAUUGUUGCCAAUUUCCUCCCUUGGUGGUCCCAUUCAGAAAAGAUCUCAGGAGGAGGUGGAAGCCCUGUUUCCUGAGGAGGAGGAGCAGGUGGACGGAGGUCUGUUGGGGCCUAUUCCACUGCAGAGGUUUGAUCAUGUGACCCGGGCACUUGGGGUGGACGACAGGGAUCUUGGUGGCAAGCUGAACACUGCCUACAAUCCCCAGAAUGCCCUGUCCCUUGAGAAUGAGUACGAUGAGGAGGCUGGGCAGGAAGAAGGGGAUGCUGAUGUAGCAGUGAGAGGACAGGGUGAUGUAGGGCUGAGUGUCUCCAAGAGGUUUGGCGGCUUCGUCAAAGGGAGGCAUGGCUACAAGAAGCUGAUGUCUCCAGGAAGAUCGUACCAGAAGAGGUAUGGCGGCUUCAUCGGCAUUCGCAAAUCGGCCCGCAAGUGGAACAACCAAAAACGUUUCAGCGAAUUCCUGAAGCAGUAUCUGGGGAUGAGCACUCGGGCCACUGAGUUCAACAGCGUGUCAGAGGACCUCACUCAACAGAAUGAAGUUUAG